UUCCAAUUUGUUCCUCCGCUGCAAGUGCAGAGAACGUAUAAUAUACAUAUAUUGUUUACUUUUGGGGAAGAAUUAUUAAAAACCUAAAUAGGAUUUAAUUAUUACUAUUAGUGGGCAAACAUUUUAAAGCGGAAUGGUUGUUUUGGAGUCCUGCUGGUCACCAAUCAUUUGGUCGAACUCUGUGAAAACCGGAAGUUAUGCCGUGGCAGUGUAUACAGCGGCGGUAUCAGUGGUUUUUAUCACAUUGAUCAGUUAUAUGUUAUCGGGUGGAGAAUCAGCUCAACUGUAUUCACCACUUUUUGAAACGGAUAUUAGGUAUUCGAUGCCAGUCUAUGGAGGAAUAUUCAUAUCCUACUUUAUUCUCCUCAUAAUCGCAUCAUAUUUUGUAUAUUAUGGAAUAAGAAUAAGCACGCGAGGUUGGCUACUACCCUGGCUAAUUUUAGUCGGCUUAGGUAUAUUGUUUCAGUUUUGUUGGGGUCUUUGGCUUAUUGGCGGCUACUAUAUUUAUCUCGAGCAAACGUUUUCCGCUCUUCUAAAUUUUUGCUGGAUGGCUUACAAUAUUUAUUGCUGGUUGUGCGUGUUCUCACAAUACCAAUUAUUUUUGGAGAUGCAAAAUCCCAAUAUCGUUCUCUUGGAGCCAUUUUAAGUGGUUGAUAGUCCACUUGCAGAUUAAAUUAAAAAAGCAAUAUUCGAAUGAAACUUAAGUUGUUAAGAUAUAGAGUUAUUUACAUAUCAAAUGUAAAACAUAUCGAACCUCCAUGUAAAUGAAAGCAUAUAUUUGUGCUUCUAUAUGACAAAAAAAGGAAAGAUUUAACAUUCCGUCCAUUUUUUAUACAUUUGUCGUAUAAAAAAUAUAUUUCUAAGAUAAAAAUACUAUAUACCCAAUAUAUUUUUCCCCGACAAAUUUGAAAAUUUUAAAUGAAUGAGAUGAUAUAAAUGCAUCAUAUUUCUUAUACAUUUUUUGCGAAGAUAUAUAAUAUAAUAUUUAAUAAAUGUGAAACUUCUCUUAAAACGAAAACUAUUUGAUAUACCUUAAAAUAUUUUAAUAAAUUUUUUUAAUAUUUUCAACUUUUA